AUGCAGAAGCCUAACUGCUGCAUUCCAGAAGCUGAAGACUUAACAAUCAAAGCCUGCAAGGAUGCAACGCUUUUCUUGGUGGAUGGCGGUUGGACUCACUACGCUUUCCCCCCUCCCUCCUCCUUUCUCUCCAAAGCUGUCGUGUCUGUCGAUGGCAAGCCGGUGAGACUUCAGCUCUGCGACACAGCUGGUCAGGAUGAAUUUGACAAGCUCAGGCCUCUGUGCUACACCAACACGGACAUCUUCUUGCUGUGCUUCAGCGUGGUGAGCCCCUCGUCCUUCCAGAACGUGAGUGAGAAGUGGGUUCCCGAAAUCCGAUGCCACUGCCCCAAGGCGCCCAUUAUCCUGGUUGGGACGCAGUCGGACCUCCGGGAGGAUGUCAAAGUUCUCAUCGAGCUGGACAAGUGCAAGGAAAAGCCGGUCUCGGAGGAGGCUGCGAAGCUCUGUGCCGAGGAAAUAAAAGCCGCGUCCUACAUCGAGUGCUCUGCUUUGACUCAGAAAAACCUCAAGGAGGUCUUUGAUGCGGCCAUCGUGGCUGGUAUUCAGUACUCGGAUACCCAGCAGCAACCAAAGAAAUCCAAGUGUAGGACUCCAGACAAGAUGAAAAACCUCUCCAAAUCCUGGUGGAAAAAAUACUGCUGUUUUGUAUAGGGAUUGCAAGGACCUGAGUGCUGCUCUGAGGAAAUCGAAUAGAGGCUAUAUUAGCUGAAUUCUCAUUCUGUGUUGUCCCGAGUGUAUAGUGUAGAUCUGUAUGUAUGUGUAUAUGUUGCUAGUGGAUAUCCCAGUUGCUCUUUCGAGGGUGGCAGAAGGAUUCUUAGUUAAAUAAUUGCUAUAAAUCAGGUCUGGCAUCCAGUUUCGUGACUAAAACCUCUUGUUAAGGAAGAAGAGCGCCACGUGUCCAUGAGGGUAGAAGGAUUUGUCCAAAGGAUUCGACUUCUUGUGUUACGAGGUGUACGCGACGGGGAGGAGCACACCCGGGGCCUUUGCUGCCAGGGCUUCACAGGAGGAACGCGCAAGCGACUGUGGAAACGUAGAGCUCUGUACAUGGAUGGUCAAAGGGAAAAAUAACACUGUGCCUCCUAACUGACAUUUGUAGCUUUAAAACCCCACUCCUGCUCUCUUCUCCGUGUCUUCCCAAGCCAACGCUCUUAGGGGUUGCUUUAAAAAGGGUAUGCGAGAGAUGUAACCUAUACGCAAAUGCCGUGGUUGGAAAGGUCAUGAAUACACCUUCAGCAUGGGGUGAGGGAA